GUCAACCCGUCGACAUGCCGAACCCAGUCGCGACUUUCGACACCACCAUGGGUGAGAUCAAGUGCGAGAUCUACCUCGACAAGAUGCCCAUCACCGCUAGCAACUUCAUCGAUCUCGCCAACACCGGCUUCUACAACGGCCUCCACUUCCACCGCGUCAUCCCCGACUUCAUGGACCAGUUCGGCUGCCCGCACUCCAAGGACCCAAAGUCGUCCCGCGCCGGCACCGGCGGCCCGCCCGACGGCACCUACAAGAACCUCGUGACGGGUGCCACCGAGAAGCGCUCCGGCGGCGGCAACAUCAAGGAUGAGUUUGCGGCCAAGAUUUCGAACGAGCCCGGUACGCUCUCGAUGGCCAACACCGGCUCGCCCAACUCGGGCGGCUCGCAGUUCUUCAUGAACACCGUCCACAACGACUUCCUGGACUGGUUCUCCCCCGGCGAGUCGAAGCACCCGGUGUUUGGCAAGGUCGUCGAUCAGGCGAGCUUCGAUGUGAUGGUCGCCAUCUCGAAGACCCCCACCCGCGACGAUUGCCCAGUCACGCCGGUGACGAUGAAGUCGGUCACCGUCGCUUGAGCUCAGGCACCGCUCACAUCGCUUGCGCGGCACUGCGAGCGUACAAUACACACUGCGGGUUUCACGCUGCGACACAUCGGCCCUCGGCCGCCAAGGUAAGGUAAGGUA